AUGGCUGAAUUUUCAAUCAUAAAAUCUUCAAGACAUGAAGAAAAUUUCAAUUCUGUUGAUGUUCGGAAUGGUUUCUCAUCAAAUCAACAACAACUUGAAUGGGAAAAUGUUGAUAAGGUUUAUCUACCACCUGAAAUUCUACUCGAAAUAUUGCAGUUUAUGGAUUUUGAUGCAAUUGUCAUGACUUCGGCAACGUGUAGGGGCUUUUAUGAAGUUUCUCACGAUGAUGAAUUGUGGAGAAAAUUAUUGAGUGCUGAUUGGAAGUUAUUGAAGGAUGACGCAGCAGCAGCAUUGAAUAAUCAUCAGAAUACAAAUCAAAAUGGUGGUAGCCUUCUGUCAUCUCCAGUGGCGAACAAUACAAAUUCUAGUCGGGAUGAGGCUGCCUCUUCUUCAUCAUCACCAAAUUCUUAUGAAUUGUUGGAUCAAAAUAAUUCGGGUGAUCUCUAUGAAAAAUACAAGGAACGAUAUUUGAGAUACAAAAAGUGGAGAGAUAGUAUUGCUUUUAUAUAUUCCGAGGAGAGAAAUCAAUAUAUUAAUAAUGUGGAAACUCAGACAAGUGGAAAGUUUGUUGGUUAUCUUAAAUAUUUCCUGUCCUUUCCUAUACUGUUUUAUAGAUUAUUGAUCUUUUUAUUUAUUUCUCAGGAUGAGCAACCUGAUUUUGGUCUAGCUCAUGAAAUUGAAUACAUUCAAGAGAAAUCAUUGAGAGCUGGAGGAUCCCUUCUUCUCUUAAUUAUAUUUGCUCCAAUGUUGUUCUGCACUUGGAUGAUUGGCGAAUUACCUGCCACUCCUUUCUACGCUACUUUGCAUGUAUUUUUCAAAAUGGUAUUCACCAUUCUGUGCAUUGCAGCUCAUUUCUAUAAUCGAAUGGAUAGGAAUAUUGAAUUUUACAAAGAGGCUAAUAGUGUUUCUUUAGUGAUUAUUUUACAAACAAUACUUACACUCAUAUUAAUGAGAUAUGUGGAUGAUUUCAUUAUUUGCUGCCUUAUUUCUUUCAACAUGUCAACGGCUCUCGGAUUGGCCAUUUCUUUAAAGCACAUGAUUAAGAAUACUGAAAGUAUUGAGGGAUUAUUUGAAUCCUCUAAUACACCCGCUCAACACUACCUUUCCCCAUUAUUUGAAAUUUUCAGAAAUAGAUCAGUUGUAACGAAUUUGAUUUUAUCCAACUUGAUGAUUCUGGUUAUAAUGAUUGGGGGAUUCAAAACAUUCGUUUGGAUACUCAUCUUUAUUGCAAUUGCCAUAGUAACUGGAACCUCUGGAGGCUCUGGUGGCGUUGAUUCCCUCGAUCGUAGAAUGCUCAUCUUUGUUCUUGUGAUCUUUGCUUGCAUUUCCAUUUCUGCAUUAGCUACAAGUAUAAUCGGCGGAAAUUAUAAGAGAAAGAGUAAGGCGAGAAAUACUAGUGCAGUGCUCUUGUUAGUGAUUCUCACCAUGUCAUUCAUUACACUUGCUAUGAGAGUUAUUUCCAUAAAAAGUGGUGAAACUGAACGAUGGCAGCUAUCAUUAUUCGAUAUUACUGAUGAAGAAUAA